AUGAAGUUGAAGCUACAUACCUUGAACACUGAGACGCUCAAGACCACGCUAGCACUUGUGAGUCACAUACGACGGUUUGUGAUCCUUCGAUUCACCACCACCCAUUUGCUUAUCAUUCUGGUAAAUGGCACAUCAGUCACCCUUGAACCACAAGUUUGGUGUAAACUUCAAAUCCAUAGUAUAUUUGAUCAAAUUGAGAUCCAAUCAUUAAACGACAAUACCAUCCUGCUUGAAAUAAACAUUGAAUUAUUUCUUCAAACAUUAAGAAAUUUUGAUCGUGCAAGUAAUUCUGAAGGACUUAGCAUUCGUUUACAAAGAAAGGAAUCGUCUGGUGAACAAGGAGUUACAGUAAACAAUGGUAGAACGGCAUCAUUAGCGCUAUUCUACUCGAAUACAAACUUAAAUUCAAAUACCAUCAAUCACACGUUCCGUAUCCCGGUGAAAAUCUUGAAAAAUACACACGAAGCGAUGUUUUUGAAGGAACCAGAAUUGGCGGGGGUAGACCAUAUGAUGAGAUUACCUCAAGAAUUUGCAUCAACGUACAAACGGCUAGAUAAAUUUCGGAAAUUUGGAAAUAAUGAAUUGGUUUCUAUAAGGACCAGUAGACGAGAUGGAGGAUUCUUGGGAUUUGUAUUGGAAGAAGAAGGUUCAUUUAAAGUUACUAUCAGUUGGAAUAAUAAACUUGAGAUACAAAAGCCUAGAAAAGAUAGUGAAAUGAAUCAAAAUACAUUGACUGGAGAUUCCUUAAGAACGGCUUAUCGCGAGUUAUUAGAAGGUGCAAACAAUCAAGACGCUCCAGAUGAUUUGGACGAAGAUGAAGAUAAGGAGAUUCUGGUACGAUUGAGAGACUGGCGCAUGGCCUCGAAAAUCGUAUCUACAUGUAAAAGAGUUAUAUUUUUAGUGGCACAUCAGGAAGCAUGUGUUUUACAUUGUUUAUUGGAUGAUUCUGGUGAUGUGGAAAUAGUGUAUCAUAUUACAGGCACCAGAGUUCGAUCCAGUAUAGAAUAG